AAGUUGUUGGGGCAGCCCUGGUCGAGCAAGGUUAUUGGUGGCAGCCCCCAUCCGCGGUUGUAACUAGUUGGUUCCGUGAACUGUUUCUGUCCAUCAGCACAGAGUCCCGUUCAAGCAGUGAUUCAGCCAAAUCGUGCAGUGGCGAUGUGAAGUAUGAGCUGAAGGUUUAGGGUUUAGGGCUGUAUUUUGAGAUUGCUCGUGUCUCGACACAUCCGCGGAAGCCUCGAGUGACGAAGGAAAACUGAAGUAGACAUUGGCGAUGGGGUCGGCAGCAGCCGCAGCCGAGGACAGCAGCGCAGAGGAGAAGAAAGCGCCGACGUUCCGAAGCUUAGGCGUGUGUGAGCAGCUCGCUGAGGCCUGUGAUGCCCUGGGAUGGAAGGCGCCGACUCAAAUUCAGGUGGACGCUGUGCCGGUGGCGCUCAAAGGGCACGAUAUCAUAGGACUGGCGCAAACAGGGUCGGGUAAGACGGCCACCUUUGCUCUGCCGAUUCUGCAGGCGCUGCUAGAAAACCCACAGCCCUUGUUUGCGUGCGUUUUGUCGCCAACGAGGGAGCUUGCGAUUCAGAUUGCCGAGCAGUUCGAAGCGCUCGGGUCGGGAAUUGGGUUGAAAUGCGCCGUGCUGGUGGGCGGGAUUGAUAUGAUGGCACAGUCUGUGGCGCUGGCGAAGCGCCCGCAUGUGGUGGUGGGAACGCCGGGAAGGUUGGUGGAUCAUUUGACGAACACCAAGGGCUUUAGCUUGCGGACAAUCAAGUAUUUGGUGUUGGAUGAAGCGGACCGGCUUCUGAACAUGGAUUUCGAGCAGGAGAUUGAUGAGAUUCUUAAAGUCAUCCCCAAGGAGCGACGCACGUACUUGUUUUCGGCUACCAUGACUACCAAAGUUGCGAAGCUGCAAAGAGCGUGCUUGAAGAAUCCCGUGAAGGUCGAGGUUUCUGCUAAGUACUCCACGGUGGAUAGUUUAAAGCAGGAGUAUCUUUUUAUUCCCGCUAAGUAUAAGGAUUGUUACUUGGUUUACAUAUUGAAUGAGCUGGCCGGAAAUACAGCUAUGGUGUUCACUCGCACGUGCGAGGCUACUCGGAAGCUUUCUCUGGUUCUUCGUAAUUUAGGAUUUGUUGCGAUUCCUAUCAGUGGUCAGAUGAGUCAACCGAAAAGGCUGGGAGCGCUGGCCAAAUUCAAAGCUGGCGAUUGCAAUAUACUGAUUUGCACGGACGUUGCUAGUCGAGGGCUUGACAUACCGUCAGUUAAUCUAGUCAUCAACUAUGACAUUCCAACAAAUUCUAAGGAUUACAUUCAUAGAGUAGGGAGAACAGCUAGAGCAGGUAGGUCAGGGCGAGCGAUUUCAAUGGUAUGCCAGUACGAUGUAGAGCUUUAUCAGAAAAUUGAAGAGUUGAUUGGGAAGAAAUUGCCCGAGUUUUCUCAUCAGCAGGAGGAGGUCUUAUUAAUGUUGGAGCGAGUCAGUGAGGCACAGAGACUGGCCACCAUGCACAUGCGGGAGAAAGAUGGUGCAAAGAAAGGCAAGAGGAGAGGACACGGUGACGACGAUGGCGAUGAUAACAGGGGGCCUGGACGGCCGGAAAAGGGUGGUACCAGGCCUAAGAAGCAAUUUAAGAAGUCCCGGUAGUGGACCCUUUUACAGGUUCUUAUCACAGUAUCUCUCGUUCAACUAACAUAAAUUCAAAGCUUUUCAACCUGCUUCACGUCCGCGAUGAUACCAAUGUUGGGUAUCUAGAUAGAAGUGUGGAUUGCAAACAUGCACCUGAAUUACCACAGACACUAGUUUUCUUGGAGCUGCUGGAUUAGGAUACUUAAAAGAAGGCCAUUCCACUGCUGUCUUCAGAGCAGUCGGACAGCUGCACUGAUAAGUCGUCUUUCGUCUAUCAAUUUCUAAUUUCUAGAAUGGAUUCCCGCCUGCAGUGGCUCCCAGAGUGGACACUGCCAGCCUGGUGGACGGUUUCUGAUCACCCUAAAUCUGAUCUUGAGUGGACUGAGUAUUUUUUAAAGUGUAGACAAUCUAUAUUUGCGGUGUGCAAAAACCUUUUCAUUGUUCUACUUUUACAAUUAGCAAGAGAUCUUAUGACAACGUGGGUUUAUGAGAGUUUGAAUGAACCGAUUCUCCCACGAGCUAGUGCAUCAUUUGUGUACUAUUUUCAUGCAUCAUAA